UGAAAAUGAAAUAAGUAGAAGACAAAAGUAGAAAAAAUUCCCGCGCGUGAAUCUCGCUAGCUCAUCCCUACCAAACCCCUCUUGUUUCCUAUAAGAGGCAAAUCUUCUUUCUUUCCCAUUCUUCUCUUCACCCAUUCCUUCUAUAUGCUCUGCAACUCUUUUUAUCAUUCAAAGCUCGCGGUUGGAUUCUCUACAUAUCCAUUUCCAUUCUGACGAUUCAGAUCUUUGCACCAAUCAAUCAUCGGGUUGAUAAGGUUCGUGUUUGUCUUCAAUUUUUAUCCAAUUCAUGGAUCUCUAGAGUUUAGAUUCUUUCUUGUUGAUCUUUGUUCAAAUUCCGUCGAUUCAUCCCAAUUUUGCAUGCACAUUCUUCUACAUCGGAGGCAUGUCUGAAACCCCAGUGAAACCGGUUCUCCAAAAGCCACCCGGAUACAAAGACCCAAACGUCCCGGCCGGUCCCCGUGGGCUUAGACCACCGCCACGGAAACCGAUUCUCCCGCCUUCUUUUCAUCCCAAGAAAAGAAAGACUAAUUAUGGCCGUGCUUGUUGCUGUUGUUUCUGCAUCUUCUUUUUGAUCUUCCUUCUCCUCAUUAUCAUUUCCGCCGCCGCUUUCUACCUCUGGUUCGACCCGAAAUUACCCAGAUUUCACGUCCAAUCGUUCCGGAUCUCCCGCUUCAACGUCAACAGAAGACCCGACGGAACCAACCUCGAUGCCAAAACGACGACGAGACUGGAAGUGAAGAACCCAAACGGAAAGAUGACUUACUAUUACGGCAACACGGAGGUUGAUGUCACCGUGGGGGAAGGUGUGUCCGAGACCGAUUUGGGAACGACAUCGGUGCCGGAGUUCACUAUGCGGAAAAAGAGCACGAGGAGUUUGAGGGUAGAAACAAAGGUGAGUAACAAGCUAGUGGUCGACGAGGUCGGGAACAAGCUCAAGGCUCGUUACCGAAGCAAAAGUUUACUGGUGAACGUGGAGGCUCGGACGAAAGUCGGAGUGAGCGUGGCGGGGUUGAAGAUCGGCAUGGUCGGGGUUACCGUUAAGUGCGACGGGAUGUCCAAGAAACAACUUGACGGCGGCGACAUGCCCAAAUGCGUCAUCAACAUGUUAAAAUGGCUCAACAUUCACUGAAACAGAACACAUGGUAAAAAGGACCGAUUGAUUUGAUGGAUUGGGCCGGGAG